GUGCCUGUGGCGAGGGUGACACUUUCCCGGAAAGCUCUGCGCAGCGGACAAGGUCAGGUUCGUUGGGGAAGAUGGCCGCCCAGGUGCAGUUACUUCGUGCUAGUCUCCGGAAUGUUCUUUUCAUGCAGUUGAGGCGUUCUUCUGAUCAGUUGGGAGAAUUGGGAAAAGGUGCUGGUAAAGGCGGUGGAGGCGGAGGAUCUGUGAGAGAGGCCGGAGGAGCAUUUGGCAAACGCCAGGCUGCUGAGGAGGAGAGAUAUUUCAAGCAAAAGGAGAGGGAGCAGAUAGAUUCUCUAAAGAAGCACUAUGAAGAAGAAAUCCAUCAUCAUAAGGAUGAAAUUGAGCGUCUGCAAAAGGAAAUUGAACGGCACAAGGGCAAAAUUAAGAAACUGAAACAUGAUGAUUAGUUGCACGGAUCUGCUUAGGUGUUGCUUGCUGUCUUGGGAGAACAUACCAUUUUAAAAGCUUAUUUUCUUCUGUGACAUGGAGUUGUGAUAUCCUUAAAUGUAUCGCAAUAAAAUAACUGUCAGCCAGUUAAGUACCAAUA